CUUUAAGUGAAGUUAAGUUCAGUUUGAUUGGGCUGUAACUUUGGCGGACUUUGAUAUCGUGCUGCUGAGCUCAAUCACAACGCUAACAAACAUGGCACACAUCGUUGACAACGAUACAUGGGAGUCACACAACAGUAUGAUGAAGGAGCCUCUCGGCACCAAUGAUCCUGAGGUAUUUGAAAUAAUUAAGAAGGAGAAGAAAAGACAGACAUGUGGUUUGGAACUCAUUGCCUCUGAGAACUUCACCAGUCGAGCUGUUCUGGAGGCUCUGGGCUCGUGCAUGAACAACAAAUAUUCCGAAGGAUAUCCUGGACAAAGAUAUUAUGGUGGUACGGAACAUGUGGAUGAGCUAGAGCGUCUGUGUCAGCAAAGAGCAUUAAAGGCUUAUGGCCUUGACCCACAAAAAUGGGGAGUGAAUGUGCAGCCCUAUUCAGGGUCACCUGCCAACUUUGCUGUGUACACAGCAGUAGUGGAGCCUCAUGGGAGGAUCAUGGGUCUCGAUCUGCCUGACGGAGGCCACCUGACCCAUGGCUUUAUGACAGACAAGAAAAAAAUCUCUGCCACCUCUAUGUUUUUCGAAUCAAUGCCAUACAAGGUUAAUCAAGAGACUGGUUAUAUUGAUUAUGACCGACUAGAGGAAAAUGCUCGUUUGUUCCAUCCGAAAUUAAUCAUCGCAGGAACCAGUUGCCAUUCCCGCAACCUUGAUUACAGUCGCCUGCGGAAGAUAGCAGAUGAGAACGGGGCCUUCCUCCUGUCUGACAUGGCACACAUUAGUGGUCUUGUUGCAGCUGGGGUGGUUCCAUCCCCUUUUGAACACAGUGAUAUUGUUUCCACAACCACACACAAGACCCUUAGAGGCUGCAGAGCAGGAGUCAUCUUUUAUAGGAAAGGGGUGCGCAGUGUGGAUGCAAAGACCGGAAAGGAGACUCUUUAUAACCUGGAGAGUUUGAUCAAUCAGGCUGUGUUUCCUGGGCUACAGGGAGGACCUCACAACCAUGCCAUUGCAGGAGUGGCUGUAGCACUGAAACAGGCCAUGACUCCUGAAUUCAAAGCCUAUCAGCUACAAGUGCUGGCAAACUGCAAGGCCUUGGCAGCUGCUCUGAUGGAAAAGGGCUACAAAAUUGUUACCGGAGGUUCUGAUAAUCAUCUUAUUUUGCUUGAUCUGCGUCCGAACGGGACUGAUGGUGGAAGGGCAGAGAAGGUGCUGGAGGCCUGCGCCAUUGCCUGUAACAAGAACACCUGCCCUGGUGACAAGAGUGCACUGCGCCCCAGUGGCCUCCGGUUCGGCUCUCCUGCACUGACAUCGCGAGGGCUAGUGGAGGAAGAUUUCCGCCUGGUUGCAGAAUUCAUUCACCGCUGCAUUCAGUUGACUGUGAAGAUACAGACAGACAUGAACGCCAAAGCCACUCUGAAGGAGUUCAAAGAAACCUUGGCUCAGGCUGAGAAAUAUCAAAAUAAAAUAAAAGAAAUUAAGGAUGAAGUUGAGGCUUUUGCUGGAAAGUUCCCCAUGCCUGGACUGCCGGAGCUAUAAGACCAAUUCCAAUAAUCUGUAUUGAAGAUUUGACUUCGAUUGCUUUCGCACUCUUUAUUCAGUGGGAUUUUUGAUGUCGUCUUGCUUGUGCGCUGACAUACCAUAACUAAGAGACAGACAAAAAACACAACACUGUAAAUUGUGUAUGACACAGUUGAUAAAUAAAAGCAACCUCAUCAGAAA